AUGAUUGUGCAAUACUUUAUAAUUUUCUUCACAGUGGCCGUAUUAUCAAACAACGCAUUUAAUCCAAAGAACGCCGACGGUGGUCCGCUGGUGAAGACCGAGGGGGGACAGGUGCGGGGUCGCAUCGCCACUUCGUUCACCGGACGUCGCUACGCCAGCUUCCAGGGCAUCCCUUAUGCGAGUCCCCCAAUGCGGAACCUCAGGUUCAAGCUGCUGUGGCAUGUGAACCUCCUGGUGGCAGGGCGUUGUUACCAGCGGCUGUGCGCUCCGCAGGCGCCGCAGGCCGCAGAGCCGUGGCAGGGCGUGCUGAACGCGUCGGCCCCCGGGCACGACUGCCCCCAGCUGGACCAUCGCUCCGGAUGCGUCGUCGGCCACGAGGACUGCCUCACCCUCAACGUCUACACCACGCAGCUGGAAGGCAAGCCGCAGCCGGUGCUGGUGUGGAUCCACGGCGGGUCGUUCAUCAACGGCAGCAGCCGCCUCUACCAGCCGGACGUGCUGCUCGAACAACAGCUCGUCGUCGUCACCCUAAACUACCGACUCGGCGCCCUCGGUUUCCUGUGCUGGCCCAGUGCUGGGGUGCCAGGCAAUAUGGGCUUGCGCGACCAGUCGCUGGCUCUGUACUGGGUGCGACGCAACAUCGCUGCGUUCGGUGGCGACGCCGGAUGUGUCACCCUAGCGGGACAAAGUGCAGGGGCCGCCUCCGUCAUCUUCCACAUGCUGUCGCCGCUCUCCAAAGGCUUGUUCGACCGCGCGCUGUGCAUGAGCGGCUCGGCGCUGUGCUCGUGGGCGACGCCGCCCCACCCCGAACAGCGUGCGCUGCGUCUGCUGAGGGCGGCGGGGCUGCCCGCACACCUCAACCCCGGAGCCGGCAGCGACGCCGCCGCUGUGGAGCCGGUUGAGCCGAUGCUGCCGGUGCUGGCCGCCUGCGUGGAGGCGUGCGUGGGCGCCUUCCUGCCCGACGCGCCGUCGCGGCUGCUGUGCCGAGAACUCACUGUGAACUCGCUGUCUUUAAAUUUCUGUACCGGAGGGAACCACGGAGUGGAAGGGGAGCUGAUACCCCUGUACCAGCGGCUCGGGUCAGACACGGAAGGAGUUCGUGGGACACCUCCGUCGACCACAUCGGGAAUCACGUGGGCGCUGGAAUCGUGGACACAGGAACACAGACGCUGGAAAAUAUUAAGGCCCAAAAUGGUAGCUGAUGAGCGCGAGCGCGUGACAAGCAACUGUACUGGUGUGCUGAUUGCACUGCACUGCACUUGCACUUGA